AGCGAAGAAUUCAGAGAGGCACCAACAGCAGACACGAGUUCACAUCGAAGAAGCUGCCAUUGCGCUAGUAAAAGAACGCGCGCUAAAUUGUGGAGUUGUAUGAUUGGAAGACGCGCAGUUCUAUUUUCGGUGCACGUACUACUAGUACUACAACUUCAUUGAUGGUUCGCGCAGCCGGAUCCUGGGGACAUUUUUUUCACCUCCUUGUCGUCUGGAAGUGCAGGCCAGUACCGAUCUCGGACGUCACUGCGGUCGAGCUGCGGGAUCGUCUUUCGCUCCACGAAGAUGACGAGCAGAGUGCGCUUGCGGACAGGACGACAGGAAAAGAGGAGGCUUUGCAAACGGCCUCCAACGGGGAAGAGGAAACCGUUCUCGAACAGGAAGAGGAACUCAUGCGUCGAGAUGAAACCGCAAGCGGAAAUUCCAACGCUCAACGAGAAAGCGUCCAUCGUGCGGACUACAUUAGGGCAGCACAGAAGGUGGAUAAAAGAGAUACAACAGCCGCGGACGUCGUCGAGAAAAAGCCAAUUAAGGGGAAUAACUUCUACACGCCGUCGUCUACACUGCCUUCCGCCCUUGAUGCCGAGGACGGUUUCCUCCCCGACGAGGACGGCGCGGCCGGCGACACAACUACCGACAUGUCUCUCUUCAACCUGGCGAGUGCUGCUGAGGCCGGGGACGAGGCGGACCAGAAAGCGGGACAGCGGUUGGAGUUCACAGAUCUGUCCGAGUUCGACGGGUUAUUUCUCGGCUGUUGGAACGACGAGCUCGCGAGCCCCGCCAUGGAGCAGGGACAGAUUAUGGUUGACCCGCUCUGUGGCGACAAUAUGAUACAGCGUUGUGCGCAGUACUGCAGCAACGAGGGCCCCUGUCCAGGCGCGCCGAACGGACCCUACAAGUUCUUCGCGGUGCAGGACGCACAAGAAUGCCACUGCACGAACAGUCUCAAGAACGCCUUCCAGUACGGCUACGCGGGCCAAUGCUCCGCAUGUCCACCGUCGUCGGGAACAGGUUACGACCCCACGCCGCCGGAGCACUACAACUGCGGCAAUUAUUCAGCGAACGCCGUGUACCGCAUCCCCUACCUUCGCGUGCCCCCCGCGAAGAUAACCGCGACGCAAUCGCAAGACUACGAAGAGCAGCUGCCGUCCGGCGUGAACGUGACGCUGAGCGGCGACAAGCCGCUGAAGUACGAAAUUGGCGAUGCCUCCGCGAACGUGACGGACUGCACCGCGACGACGGAGGGCAGUGCGACUCCCGGCUGGUGGCGCGCGCGGUUCAUCGACGGCCCCCACAACAUCGCGAAGAUUAGUCUGUUUGAUCUGGAUUACAAUAGCACCACCCCGCUGGGUGACCGCAUCGGGAACGCCACCGUGUUGUUUGACGGGCAGAAGGUGACGAAUGUGCUGGAGACACUGCCGCUAGACAUUGAAAGUGGUGCCGAAAAUGAACACGGGACGGAGGUCAGUCUGGCCGGCUUCGCUUUUUCGACUAUCCAGUUUACAACAUCGAGUGUGGACAAUGUUUUGAGCUUCUGCGGAAUACACUUCUUCGAGGCCACAGGUAAGGCAAUUUUUUGUGCAGGCAGGAGGUUUUUACCUAAGCCAAUAAGUUAGUUUUCUUCUGCGACAGAAAUAGAGUAAGUACGACCAAUUAGGCAUUCGUUGUUCAACUUCAAUCCUUUGACCACUCGCAGCAGUGCAUGUCGCCCCAACUAUAAUUGAAUCUAUCAUUCAGACGCGGAAAGCUAUUCGUUCACGCGGUGCGAGCAGAACCAGCCCGACACGCUCUUUUUUGCCCCGACGGACGCGGGUCUCUCGUCGCAAGAUCACUUCUACGUCGAAGGUCCGCUGGCGUGCAAGGUGGAGUGCGAGAUCGACACGAACUGCGGUGCCUGGACGUUCGAACAAGAGAACAUUACAUCGGUCAUGACGGCCUAUGGCAUCUGCGCGCACUGGACGCUUCUGGGCGCCGUCAAUAUCUCCACGAAGGCGAAGCCGCCGGAGGGGGACAAGGUCUGGACGUCGGGGAAGUGCUUCACGCAGAAAGCCACUCUGUACGAACUCCGUCAGCCCGUCGAUGACACGGUGGUGGAAGCGUCCUGUACGGUGACGAAACCGACAACCAAGCUGUUCCAGCCGGCGCGAAACUUCACGACUCCCGGCGGUACCUAUGCGUUUGGCGAUUUGGUCUCGCUCUGCGCCGACAGCGAUGCUUGCGAGGCGAUCGCCGACCCGCAGUGCCGCUUUGCGAAGCAUAGCGGGCACUCGAGCUUGAUUGAAGGCACGCCGGCGCAACUGGCGGUUCGGUACCAACCUGCGGACAGCUGCAAAGCCGGGGUGCAAAAAGCCUGCGACGUGAACAAUGGCAUGCGCAUGUGUGACAAGGCGGGCGUGGACAAGAUGGGAAACACCGCCCCGACGGCGUCUGCGGGCGGCUGCUACUGGCUGAAGAAGAUUGUGGACGAGUCGGUCGUGCGUUUCUUGGAAAAGGGUAUUCUAUUUGAAACUUGUCUACACCUGAUACUGAAAGAUGUGACGGCGUGGCUGAUUUUUUCUUCUUGCCCACGUCGUUGCCAUUGAUACUGUUAAGGAGGCCCUCAGGAUCAACAGCCGGACGCGAGUUUGCACUUCAUUUUUGAGAUGCAUGUGCCACGAGACAUGUUGUAGUGAAACGGAUAGCCCAUUCCUAAGUAAAAAUUUGACCAAAAGUAGCUGCACUUUUCCACACCCUAUAAAUCAGCUGACUUCACCUACGUCUGCGUUUCCUACACGGGUUCCAAAUCGGACAAGUGGUGCGAGACCAAAAGCGCGAACGCGUCUUCUGGCGUGAAAUUUACCUACUCCAACAUGUCGCAGCUGACCGGUGUGAACCAAGCCGAAGUGCAGGAAACGUGUCCCUGCGUGCAGCGCUUGGGCUACGAUCCGACGGAGUACCAGUGGACUUACUACAGUUACGCGGAGAAGGACGAAGACAACGACUGGUGCAACGAGCAGCAAUUAGCCGGACUGUCGCAUUUGUACCAGCCGACGGCAUCACUCAACGCCAAGGAAGCGUACCGCGACGGCGGUAAGCAAACCGUCGAGUACCUCCAACCCGGAUCUUCCGGCAACCCGGGGUGUUUGUACCGCCUUCCCAAACCGGUACCGGACGCGAUCUACACCUGUGCGCACUACCCCACCGGGCGCGACGGGCGGUGGUGCCAGAGAGAGCAGUUUAGUGGAGAGAGCACGAUGCAGGGUCCGAACGUGGUGCUGUUUACACAGGGAGUCAACGGGCAAUACCAAUCGCUGCCCGCGGCGUUCCGGACCUGCCCCUGCCUGCAGAAGCUGUCGUACCAGCCGAAGGACUUCGUGUGGGAGCCCUACUUGUAUGUUCACGCGUACGGCGUGAACGGCACCUACGUGCACGAAGACGAUGAUUGGUGCAAAUACGAGCAACUGCAGAACCCCGCGUUUCUGUUUACUGACGGAAAGACGCACGACGUGCUGCUCGGGACGAACGGAACGUCCUUGGAGAAGAUGAAGGUCAAAACGAAAUGUCUGCGGAGGAAAGGUAUCGGAGUAAGAUGAGUCUGAUGUUCAACGUAGGCCUUGACUUUUUGUUCGCUUGAUUCCUCAUGCUACGAUUUCUAGUUCCACGAAUUCUGUACGUUUAGUUCGUUUUGGUCUUACACAUAGUACAGCAGUUAUGGCGCCUUCUAUGCCGUCUAGUGAUUCAUCUUCUAUGAAUAAAAUUAGAUCACAUGGCCUGGAUCGGUCCGAGUCUUGGUCGCUGCUUGAAACCUGACCAAACGGAAGAUCUCACCGGCCAGAAACUCACCUCGCACACCGUGGCCAAUGGGAUGCCGUACGCAAUUUACGGUUUGGAAACGACCCUGAUGUCCUGUCUCUCCGACGAUCAGUGUUGCUUCGUGCGUUGGUCGGUUGCUGGGGAUUUGAAGGAUCUGAGCUACGACUCAAGGGCGUAUCCAGAAAGCAGAGAGUCCACCUGCGACAUGACCUCCAGCCCCGCUACCGGAAACGCUGUAUCCCCUAUAAAAAUCGCUACGAGCAUGCACUUCAUGUGUCAGUGCGAAAUACUAGAGAAGGUGGCGCGCAAAAGACGAGAUAUGUUAAAAGAGAAGCUGCAGCACAGCUGAGCUGUGGCUGACCUACACCUAUACUAGCAUGCUUUCUCUAGUAGUCAUGCAAGGAAUAGCUUCUUGCAGCACAGCAAUGAAAAAGAAAGAUGCUCAAGAAAUAAGAUGAAAAUGCUCAAAAGCUUUUUGUAGAGGAUAGGUUGCGCUGGCGGAGACGUUUGUGAAGGCAAGCUGCAACAGCAUGCGAAAGCCGCCACUGUAUCCGCCUUUACCGUUGAACAUCACCGCCCCGCGAGGGACCGAGUGGCGGUACCUCGCCACGCGGUGCUAUGUCCCCUUUCCUCUGUCAAAACCCUGCUCGCUGACAGUGAAUUCCGUCCCGAUCGAUGACUACAUCCAAUCGGUGCGGGGCGCGAACAAGAUGCUGGACGAGGGAGUUGAUUCUUCGCAACUGGAUGAGGACCUGGCGCAGAUGGCCAACGCUUCCGGCAUUGCGCUCGAAAAAAUUGUCAAGCACGGCGGGUUAUCAAAUGUAAAAAUGUCUGGGUCUGGAAGAGUGGGAGGCUUGUCGUGCUUGUCUGGCAUGACCCAUGAUGCUUGUAAUGCAUGACCCAGCAUCACAGAUUUUUGGAAAGCUUCCUGAUGCCAUUUCCGCAUGACAAAUGCCCUCCUCGCGGAGCACAAAUGUGGCUCGUCUUGCUUGUCAUGCAAUACAGAUUUUUUUAGAGUCCAAAGUUAGCAUCACAAGUUCCAACUUUCCAAACCCAGACAUUUUUGCAUUUGAUACGGGUUCGACUACACGGUAGGCGGGUUGUACGACAGCAACACAUAUCAAAUGUAAAAAUGUCUGGGUCUGGAAGAUUGCAACUUGUGAUGCGCAUUUCAGAACACAGAAAAAUCUUUCAUGCAGAGGCAGCAAAAGUUCCCACUUUCUGUCACCAAAGUCAGGUAUUUGUCAUGCGGAUUCGGCAUUGCGGAGGCUUCUCGAAGCCUGUGAUGCUAGAGCUUCCAUGCCAGGCCUUCUGUGUCAUGCAGAAACAGCAUGACUCUUCCAGACCCAGACAUUUUUACAUUUGAUAACACAACCCAAGACGUCGGCGACAACCUGUGCGGAAACCUCGAAGCUGCGGGGCUGGGGAUCGGGCUCACGCCGCGGGUGGCAAAGAACUUCACGGCGCUUUCCACCGUUUUCUCCGAUUGCGCCUCCUACUGCAGAGCCGAUCUCGGGAUGGAAGUGACGCGGUUCCCGAUCCCCGCGGCUGGGACGACCAGUAUCGUCUACCAGUGCUCCUGCUGGGCGAGUAUUCCGGAGCUGCUGCGACGCCGGUACUUUUUGGAAGUCCACUCGGAGGAAACUUGCAAUUACACAGUCGCGGACAACAACAAAACGCAGCCCUGGUCGUACCUCUUCACCAACACGGAUCCGGAUACCAGUGGCUACGUCACGCUGGCAAAUAAGCGGGAAGUCCUCGAGCGGGAAGGGGACGCAGGAACAGGAAGUGCAAAAGAAGUAGAACAAAAACCUAAGCCACAUGCAGGGGUUCAGCUGCUUGAAACAUCUUCACGAGAAGUUGAAUAUGGGGCCCGCGGUACAAGAAAAGAGGCAGUCCACGAGGCUGAGGAGAAGCAAAGGCAACCAGUGGCAAGGGAUAGUGUAGUAAAGCAAAGUACCGUGCCGGAAGGGAGAAAAAAGAAGGAAUACAAACGGACGGCGAGUGCAACUACCCCAUCUGCAAGCAACGUACAGCUCUUGGAAAUGCAAAAGCGAAAGAAGACAAAAGUCGGCCAAGCGCCGAAAAUAAGGAGCUCCAAGACCAGGUAGCGAAGGCAGGAGGCCCCAUCGCACGGACAGUUGGACGGGGGCAGAGCUAAAAACGAUUGCGAGGGGUGAACUCGCGAUGCCACCUGGCGUCCUGUAAGAUCUUGCACUCGUUUCUUAGUGCUUCCGUUUCCUAGAAAACAGCUGGCGCUUAUUAUUCAAGAGGCAGCUGCGGCUGUUAUUUUUCUGUAGAAUCAUGAUCUAGAUGAAAGAACAACUUCGCUCGAGAAACUUUGGAGGUUUUGUUCAUAGGAAAGUGGCGUGGUCAUCAUCCUAUUUUUCUAACACGGAUCCCGUAAA